AAGUUCAAGUUCACAGUUAGUUUAUUCACGUACAGCAAUUUACUUUGUCUUUUUAAGAGAGUUGGAAUCAAACUAUGUCUUCGAUAGAGUACUGGCCAUAAAAUGUGGAUUGGUAGACAGUGGUGAUACAAAAACGUGAUGAUACGUGGUGCGAGUGUGCAACGCGUUGCGCUUGGCAGCAGUGAGAAGACCGUCGGAGCAGGGGAAUGAGUUGUUGUGUUGAGUCAGUUGGUGGCGAUGCGAGACAGUGGACGGAUGCGAGGCGUGACGGCGCGGAGCCGCGGCUCGUCGACCGGCUCGGGCAGCAACCCGCGACAAAAGGUGCGCGACUGUUGCCGCAAGCUGGUGGCGUUCAUGUGCACGCAAGUGGGGGUGGGCGGGCUGGUGGUGGGCUAUGCCAUCCUGGGCGCGAUGGGCUUCAUGUCGAUCGAGGGCCACGUGGAGCGACCCGAGAUUGAGAAGGUGGCGCAGAAGCGGAACGCCUGUCUGGGUGACCUGUGGCGGGUCACCACUCGUGAGAACGUCUUCAACAAGACCGCCUGGCAGUUGGGCGCUGCCAAGGCGCUCAAAGAGUUCCAAGAUGGUGUGGUGACCGAGGUGCGAGCCGGCUAUGACGGGCGGGUGCAGGGGGACAGCUGGUCGUUCCCCGCCGCACUCAUGUUCUCCCUCUCUGUCUUCACCAUGAUCGGCUAUGGCAACAUGGUGCCUCGCACAACCUGGGGCAAAAUCGCCACCGUCGUCUACGCCGUAUUCGGUAUCCCGCUCUACGUGCUCUACUUCAUGAACAUGGGCAAAGUGCUGGCGCAAACGUUCCGCUGGUUGUACACGAAAGCGUACGAGUGCAGCAUGGAGGACAGACGCCGCGACUCUGACAGUGAGCCGGCGCGAAUCAUCGUGCCCUCGACCGCCUGCCUCUGGGUGAUGGGUGCUUACGUCGCCACAGGCACCGUCAUGUUUGCCGAAUGGGAGAACUGGAACUAUUUGGACAGCACCUACUUCUGUGUGACCAGCCUCUGCAAAAUCGGUAUAGGCGAUUUUGUGCCUGGUGCUAAUAUUCUUGACUCGCGCAGUGGUCAUCAGACUAAGUUAGUCAUCAACUUUGUAUACCUGUUGCUUGGCAUGGGUUUGAUGGCCAUGUGCUACAAUCUGAUGCGUGAGGUGGUACGUGUGAAAAUGCGUGAACUCAAGUCGGACAUCACGUUCUGUUUCGAGGAUCUGCGCCUGAGGGCAGUCGCCUGCUACAGGCGCAAUAACGCUGAUUAACAUCAAUUCACCACAAAAUAACAAAUACAUCCAUGGACAUAUUUCUACUUGACACAUGCCAUGUAGACAAUGUUAAUAAUUGUUUGUGACCCAUUUGUAUCUGGCCAUAUACCAUAAUCAAUUGUGUGCACUAAGAGAUCUUUCACUAUGUGGUGGACUAUGUUAUUUUUUCUUGAAAUAAAUUUGACCAUAAUCAAUUAACUUCUGUGCAUUGAGAGAUCUUGCACAAUUCGGUGGACAGUGAGAUUUGUAAGAGUUUUUUAAUAAAAUAAAGUUGUAUAACCUUAAUCGAUUGGGUGCACUGAGAUAUCUUGUACUAUGUGGUGGACUAUGAUAUUUGUGAAUGAUUUUUACUAGAAAAUAGAAAUUUUGAGACGUGUAAAAGUUUAUUCUACAAGAAUUGCUAACUCUCCAUGACAAAAUUCAUGAUGGAAGAUGACAUCUACUUCACUAUAAAUUUCAAAUAUUCUCACUUUUAAAAAAAUGUCUUGUGAUACCCACAUAAGUAGAUGAUUUUUGCUUAGAUAAUUACUUCGGGAAUGACACAAUAAAUCCCGGAUUUAUUCGAACUCGUGAGCUGUAAUAUAAUAGACUGAAUAAGCUGUGACGCUCCAUCAGUCAACUGAACUACGCUACCGUACUUAAAUGUUUAUCUAAAGGUGAUUAUGAUGAGUGAUUAUUAACAUUCAUAUUGAAAUACAAAUUGAAUUGUAUAAUAAAGAAUUCAAACUUUA